CUCAGUCAAUACAACUUGGGUAUUUUCACAUUUCUUGCCCAUUUAAGAAUCCAUAAUAGCCACCACCACUACCACAAACUGUUCAUAAACAUUUGAAGCUAUCUCUUAUCCAAUUCCACCACCUACACAAGUCAUAAAAUGUUGCUGCGUAUAUUCAUUAUAUUGGCUCUCUCCCACAUUGCUCUAUCACAGUCCAACGUCACUUCUCUUCCAGGUUUUCCUGGUGAUCUUCCCUUCAAUCUUGAAACUGGUUACAUUGGUGUAGGAGAUUUAGAUGAAGUGCAGUUAUUCUAUUACUUCAUUGAAUCUGAAAGCAGCCCAAAAGAUGACCCUCUUCUACUUUGGCUCACCGGUGGUCCUGGUUGUUCUGGUUUGUCUGGCCUCCUAUAUGAAAUUGGUCCUUUCACUUUUAACUAUGAUAAUUCCACCAGGGGCAAACCAACCUUGGAGUUGAACCCAUACUCCUGGACAAAGGUUGCCAACAUAAUAUUCUUGGAUUCACCUGUUGGCACUGGAUUCUCCUAUGCGAAAACUUGGGAAGCUUACAACACCAGUGAUUCGCUAGUUGUGGAACAGGCUUACAGUUUUCUGAGGAAGUGGCUUGUGAAUCACCCUCAGUUUGUUGACAAUCCACUAUACAUCAGUGGUGAUUCCUAUUCUGGGAUGAUAGUUCCGAUCAUUGUUCAAGAAAUAUAUGAUGGUAAUGAUGCUGGAAAUAAGCCACAGAUGAAUAUCAAAGGAUAUGUGCUUGGCAACCCAUUAACAGAUAAAUAUAAUGACCUAAAUGCCAGAGUCCAAUAUGCUCAUAGAGUGUCUCUUAUAUCAGAUGAACUUUAUGAGGCAACUAAAUCAAGUUGUGAAGGCAACUACAUGGAUGUAGAUCCUGACAAUUCAGCAUGUGUAAAUUUACUUAAAUUGGUAAAUGAGUGCACCGAGGGAAUUAAUACAGGACAUAUAGUGGAACCUAAAUGUUCUUCAUUGUCCCCAAAACCAAAUUUAUUAGAAUGGGACAGAAGCGUUCUUGAAGAAAAUCCGGAAAAUCUCAUCCGCACACUUCCUCUUCUUCCUGAACCAUGGUGUCGACAAUAUAACUACCUGUACUCCUACGUUUGGGCUAAUGAUAAGACUGUCCAAAAAGCUCUUAACAUCCGAGAGGGAACAAUAACGGAGUGGUUAAGAUGCAAUAAGAGCAUCUCUUACACUUACACGUAUAAUUACACUAAUGUUGUGGACUUCCAUCGAAACCUCACUAAUAAACCUUGUCGAGCUCUAGUUUACAGUGGUGAUCACGAGAUAGUUAUUCCAUAUAUUGGUACACUAGAAUGGAUAGAAUCUCUGACAUUGACGAUUGAUACUGAUUGGAAACCAUGGUUUGUUGAAGGUCAAGUGGCAGGAUUUACAGAGAAGCUUACAAAUAUCAAGUACUGGUUGACAUAUACAACUAUAAAGGGAGGAGGCCACACAGCUCCAGAGUACAGGCCCAAGCAGUGUCUUGCAAUGCUUAGUAGGUGGCUGGCUCAUUUCCCUCUCUAGUUGAUCUGAAGUGAGUCUGGUUGGUAUUGAAGGACUUGCAUAAUGUUUUUGUAAUUUGUAUCUUAAUAUAUGUCAUUGUUCUACAAGUCAAUGAAACAUUUGUAUUACAAUAUGUACCGGGGACAGACACAGAAAAAGUAUGUGAGGGACGGCCUUUAACAACAAUAAAUUAAAAAAUAACGUGGGUGCAAUAGUAGAAUUGUUCUAUAAUAACAAAAAUAAAAUUUCAUUGUUCUGUAUA